CCUACCCAAUGCAUAUGAAAUGACUAAAACCUCCCCGUUCUCUCUCUCUCCUCAUCCUCUUUAGUCUUUCCCAAAUCCAAUACAUCAGUUUGCCAGCCCUCGUGAGCUACGAACAACUCGUCAAACUCUCUCUCUCUCUCUCCGUUGUCACUUUUCACCUAUACCCAACAAACCCUCUACUCUGUGUAUGUGUGUGGCUUCCAUUUUUUCAUACAGAAAAAAAUUUCAAUUGCCUUUUUGUACACAACGAUUCUGAGGAGUUUCAAUCGAUUUGAUGAUAGUUGUUGAGAUUGGAUUUGGGCCGUUGAUCUGAUGGAACGGAUUGUCGGAGGUAAAUAUAAGCUAGGCCGUAAGAUCGGCAGUGGAUCAUUUGGUGAAAUUUUUCUCGCUACGCAUAUUGAUACUUUUGAGAUUGUCGCGGUGAAGAUCGAAAAUAAUAAAACGAAGCACCCUCAACUUCUUUAUGAGGCCAAAUUGUACAACAUUCUUCAAGGAGGAAGUGGUAUACCUGGUAUAAAGUGGUCUGGUGUGAAUGGGGAAGAUAAUGUACUUGUCCUCGACUUGCUUGGACCGAGCCUUGAGGAUCUUUUUGUAUACUGUGGUCGGAAGUUCUCAUUGAAAAGUGUCUUAAUGUUGGCCGAUCAAAUGAUAACUAGAAUAGAAUUUGUCCAUUCUAAAGGAUUUUUGCAUCGGGACAUCAAGCCUGAUAACUUUCUUAUGGGUCUUGGUCGAAAAGCGAAUCAGGUUUAUAUUAUUGAUUUCGGUCUGGCAAAAAGGUAUCGAGAUUCAACAACGAACCGCCAUAUUCCUUACAGGGAGAAUAAAAAUUUGACAGGAACUGCACGUUAUGCGAGUUGUAAUACCCAUCUUGGGAUUGAGCAAAGCCGGAGAGAUGAUUUGGAGUCCCUUGGAUACGUACUCCUGUAUUUUCUGAGAGGAAGCCUUCCAUGGCAGGGAUUAAAAGCUGCCACAAAGAAGCAGAAGUAUGACAAGAUUUGUGAGAAAAAAUUAUCAACUCCUAUAGAGGUGUUGUGCAAGUCCCAUCCUGUGGAAUUUGCUUCAUACUUCCACUACUGCCAUUCUUUGACGUUUGACCAACGGCCUGACUAUGGAUUCUUGAAGCGCUUAUUUCGUGAACUGUUCACCCGUGAAGGAUAUGAGUUCGAUUACAUAUUUGACUGGACCAUUCUCAAGUACCAGCAGGCACAAAUAAGUAAAACGCAGAAACGGCCAAUCACUGGAGAGAGCAGUGAAGCAGUUCCAAGGGCUGUGGAAAAACAUCAAGGAAAUAAUGCUCCUUUUUCGACUGAUUUGGGUGAACGUAUAAGGUCAAACGACGCUGCUGCCAGUCCUGGUGUUCGCCUCCAAUUUAAAUCACCAACAAGUCGAAAUUAUAUUCAUGGGAGCCCUCUCGAUAGAAAUGUGUUAAACAAUUCACAUGCGCCAUCUACAUCACAGUCUCCUGCUGUUGUGGGAAAAGGAAAUGCCUCAAAACCUAUAUUAUCUACUGAAGCAAAUGCUACUCAUGGAAACGGCGAUAACUCUGGUCCAUCAAGUAGUUGGAUUUCUUCCCUGCGUCGAAUUUCUUCGUCUAAGUGAUUGAAAUGGCUAUGUAUUCGGAUUUGGUGUCUCCAGCUAUGUAUACUGCCAUCAAUGGGUGGAAUGAGCAGAGAAAUUAUCUUCUGAAGAUGGUGGUAUCUCCGCUGGACAUGUAAUUUAUGCCAAAAUGAGUCUUUUAUUUUAUGUCGUCAAUUGGUAACAAAUGAUACAGGAAUUGCCGGUCGUUUGCUCAUAAUUGGUUGAUUAAUGAAAUUGUGUGUAUAGUGUAUGAAUGACGAGGUGUUGUUUUAGCAUUGCCAAAUACUUGUGAUAUGUUCAUGUGUCAUGGCCUGUAGACUUUUUUUGUCCAUUUAAUACAGAUCCAAAGCAACGUUUGCUGGAGUUGUC